AUGCCGUCGAAGAAAAAUAAGAUUCCAAAGCAAUGCGAUGAUGCGCCUGAGAGGCCUCCGGCGCCAGAGAAAGAAGUCCCAGGUCCCAGCUCAGCAGAUGGGGAGCUGGAGGCUAUACUUUUCAGCCUCCUGGGCGAGCGUGGCAAGGAGGAGAAGAUGAAGUCAUUGAAGGGAGAGCCUACUGUUUUCGAGGACUUCCCGGACACCACCGCGCCGUCGGAAGACGACGUGUUGGCCUCUCAGGACUCAUACUCCUGGGGCGUCGAGAACCUUGUCACUGCGGAAGAGAUGGAAAAGGCGUACUCUUUGCCAGCGGCCACCUUGCAAUGGCCACAGGCCGCGCACUCCCCUUUUCCCGCAUACGACGCGCACUCUGACUACGACUAUCCGCAGGCCGGCUAUUUUGGCUGGCCGCAGUACCUGUCGCCGCAGGCGAGAAUUAAGUAA